AUGAGCUCUACUUCCUGUGGGAAAACAAAAGCUUUGAAGGACAGAAGAUCACUUAGGGUGCGAGCUGGUGGGGAUGGUGGAAAACCAAGUAGUGCCGGUAUCUUCGUUGGUGGCUUUGUAUUGGGAGGAAUUGUAGUUGGAACAUUAGGUUGUGUAUAUGCACCCCAGAUAAGCAAAGCUUUAGCUGGAGCAGACAGAAAGGAUUUGAUGAGAAAGCUGCCAAAAUUUAUAUACGAUGAAGAGAAAGCCUUGGAGAAGACACGGAAAAUACUCACGGACAAGAUUGCACAGCUGAACUCAGCUAUAGAUGAUGUUUCUUCUCAGCUUCGGGCAGAUGACGCCCCAAAUGGAGCUGCAGUAUCCCCAGAUGAGCUUGAAGCUUCCAUAUGA